AGAAAGGGUGUAAAUUACUCUAUGAAGACAGCUUGGGGUAUAUUUCAUCAGGAGACAUCACUCUUGGUGGACUCUUUGCUGUGCACCUGGAUGUGGAAAAUCCAGAACUGUCAUUCAGGAGAAAACCCGGGCUACUGAAAUGUAGAAACUUUCAUAUCAGAUAUUACCGAUUUCUCCUAUCGAUGAUUUAUUCCAUAAUGGAGAUUAACAAGUCUCCCGUCCUCCUACCGAAUAUCACUCUGGGUUUCAAACUCUAUGAUUCCUGUUACAAUGAAGUCAGAGGUUUGAUAGGCACAAAAUGGAUAUUGUCAGGAUCCAAAGAUGUUCCACCGACUUUUAAUUAUAAUUGUUAUAAGGAUACCAUGCCUCCUGCUAUAAUUGGAGACUUGACAUCUAAAGCUUCAAUCCCGAUGGCUUGGAUACUGGGCCUGUUCAGAUACCCUCAGGUUAGCUAUGGUGCAUCUCAUCUAAGUUUGAGCGACAAGGUGCAGUUUCCAUCCUUCCUUAGGACAAUGACUAGUGGUAACAAAGAAAUUCUUGUUAUUGCUCAGUUAGUAAAAUAUUUCAACUGGACAUGGGUGGGCAUGAUAAAUUCCGAUAAUGAGUAUGGAAGAUCGGGUGGCCCAUUAAUACAGAAAGAAAUUGAAAAGAACGGUGGAUGCAUUGCCUUCACAGAAACGCUACCAAUCUACAGCUCACAAAAGUUGGUUUUACAAGUAGUAGAAGUCAUUAAAGAAUCCAACGCUACAGUCAUUAUUGUAUAUUCCAGCAUGGAGAAUCUCAUAUCUUUAAUGGAGGAAGCUUCUUCCCAUGAUAUUACUGACAAAGUAUGGAUUGGCUGUUCUAGUUUCUCUAUUACAUCAGACUUUCCUAGAAAAGACAUUUUAACAACCUUAAAUGGAAGUCUGAGUGUGUCAGUUCCUCUUGGUAAAAUCCCAGGGUUUACAGAAUUCCUUUACAGCAUUCAUCCUUUUAAAUUUCUAGGUGACAUCUUCAUCAAGACAUUUUGGGAGAAGGCUUUUGGAUGCAUCUGGCCAGCAGAGGGCUUUCACAACACCACGGCACAAACACUAUUUGGAGAAAGAAUUUUGUGGUGCAGAGGAAAUGAGAGACUGGAUAGUAUUGAUGCAAAUAUUUAUGAUGUCUACAACUUCAGAUACACCUAUAAAGUGCACAAUGCAGUUUACACAGUAGCUCACGCCUUGCAUCAGAUGAAUACAUGUGUAGCAGGCAAUGGUCCUUUCAAGAAUGGAUCCUGUGCAAACAUUUAUAAUUACCAACCAUUUCAGCUACUUUAUUAUCUCAGAAAUGUUAACUUUAGAAACCCAGGAGGAGAAACAAUUUAUUUUGAUAAGAAUGGAGAUAUCCCUCUGUACAUGGACAUCUUAAACUGGCAGCUUUACCCCAAUGGCAGCAAUCAAUAUGUACAUGUUGGUAGUUACGACGCUCGUUCUCCAAAAGGCCAGGAACUGACAAUUGAUCAGAGCAAGAUUGUAUGGAAUAUAGGUCAUGAUAAUGUCCCCUCGUCUGUCUGUAGUAACCCAUGCUCACAAGGACAAAGAAAGACCACACACCAAGGGCAGAAACUCUGCUGUUUUGAUUGCCUUCCCUGCUCUAAGGGAGAGAUCCUUAACUCCAACGAUCACAGUGAAUGUCUCAAAUGUCCAGACGAUAUGUGGCCGAAUGCUGGUAAAGAGAAAUGUGUCCAAAAACCAGUUCAAUUUCUCUCGUAUGAGGAGUCACUGGGAUAUUCAUUGACUUGCAUUUCUGUGACAUGCUGUGUAUUGACUUUCUCCGUCCUUUGCCUGCUCAUUAUAAAACGCAGGACACCCAUAGUGAAGGCCAAUAACCGAGAACUCAGCUAUCUCCUCCUUGUCUCCCUUAUGUUCUGCUUCCUCUGCUCCUUGGUAUUCAUUGGUCGACCUGAGAAAGUUACUUGCAUGAUACGCCAAGUGGUGUUUGGCAUCAUCUUCUCCGUUUGCCUUUCUGUAAUCCUGGCCAAGACAAUCACUGUGAUCAUGGUCUUCAGUGCUAUCAACCCAAACAGCAAAUUAAAGAGAUUAGCGGGACUCCGAAUACCAAUUUAUAUAGUCCCUUCUUGUACAGUGGUUCAGAUAGUGUUAUGCAUUAUCUGGCUCACCAGUUCUGGACCCUUUGUUGAAUUCAACAUGGCAGCUGAGGUUGGGACAAUAGUUGUUGAAUGUAACGAGGGGUCUAUAGUGUUAUUUUCAUGUGUUUUGGGUUAUAUGGGUCUUUUAGCUUCUACCAGCUUCCUUGUUGCAUUUUUGGCUCGAAAGCUCCCUGAUACCUUUAAUGAGACUAAAUUUAUUACUUUUAGUAUGUUAGUAUUUGGCAUCGUUUGGGUAACAUUUAUCCCAGCUUAUCUCAGCACUAAAGGUAAGUACAUGGUAGCUGUGGAGAUCUUUGCCAUAUUGUCUUCAAGUGCCGGACUACUUACAUGUAUGUUUUUUCCAAAAUGUUACAUAAUAUUACUGCAUCCUGAAAUGAACACUAAAGAGUAUAUAACUGGAAGAAAUCAUAGAAAAAUAUUCUAA